AUGUCGACCGAGUCAUCACCAUUACCUACACCCGCCCAAAACGUGGUGCUGGACACUGCAACCCUGCCUCCAUCGGGCUCAUCAUCGGUGUGGGAUCGCGUAUCCAAAUGGGUGUCCGAGAAUAAGGCUUUGGUCUACACCAUUGCCGGUGUCGCUGUUGUCGUGACCAGCGCCGGAGUUGUCUACUAUCUGUCCGAUUCUAGCAAGCCCGCUUCUUCCCCUGCACCAAAGAAGACCAAGAGCCAAAAGCAGAGGGAGAAGAAGAAGGCCAAGGAAGAGAAGAAGACCAAGACUGCUAGCGUACAAGAUGAGCCUGCUGCUAAGAAGGCCGACGAGCCCGAGGAACUGCCCGAGGUUAAUGAGACGACCGUAAAUGAGCUGUCUGAUGAGACCCGUCAGGAAUACGCUACCAAGCUGAAGGUGGCCGGCAACAAGGCCUAUGGUCUUAAGGAUUACCCCAAGGCCAUCGAACUGUAUAGCAAGGCUAUUAUCUGCAAGCCCGACCCCGUUUUCUACUCGAACCGUGCCGCCUGCUACAAUGUCCAGUCGGAGUGGGAGAAGGUCGUCGAAGACACCAGCGCCGCCCUUGCUAUGGACAGCGAAUAUGUGAAGGCUCUGAACCGUCGCGCCACUGCCUACGAACACCUUGAGAAGUUCAGCGAUGCCCUUCUCGACUUCACUGCCAGCUGCAUCAUCGAUGCCUUCUCCAACGAUGUUAGCCGUAACUCCUUGGAGCGCUUGCUGAAGAAGGUCGCCGAGCAGAAGAGCCAGGCUAUUCUCGAGGCCCGCACCAAGAAGCUCCCCAGCGCUACCUUCGUUUCCAACUACCUGCAGAGCUUCCGUCCCAGGUCUCUGCCCGAGGGUCUGGAGGAGACUGCCGAGCUGAGCGAGGACUCUGGAAAGGCUCUGCUCCGCAAGGGUCUGGUCGCCAUGGUCCAGAAGACUGGUGAGGGUUACGAGGAGGCUGCUUCAUCAUUCGAGAAGGCUAUCGAGGCCGGUGAUCUGGGUGACUUUGAGGCUCUUGCUCUCAACAUGCGCGCUACCUUCACAUACCUUGGUGGUAAUGCUGCUGGUGCCUUGGAGGACCUGAACAAGAGUGUGGAGCUGCAGCCAUCUCUGGUUCAGAGCUACAUCAAGCGUGCUAGCUUGCACCUUGAGCUUGGUAACAAGGAUGCCGCCGCCGAUGACUUCGAGAUCGCCAUCAACAACGACAAGGACGACCCCGAUAUUUACUACCACCGCGCCCAGCUCCACUUCAUCCUGGGCGAGUUUGCUGAGGCUGCUAAGGACUACCAGAAGUCUAUUGAUUUGGACGGAUCCUUCAUCUUCUCCCACAUCCAACUCGGUGUGACACAAUACAAGAUGGGCUCCGUUGCCUCCGCCAUGGCCACUUUCCGCCGAUCCGUGAAGAACUUCGAGGAGGUACCCGACGUCUACAACUACUACGGCGAGCUUCUCCUCGACCAGCAGAACUUCUCUGAGGCCGUCGAGAAGUUUGACAAGGCUGUCGAGAUGGAGAAGCUGAGCAAGCCCAUGGGCAUCAACGUCCUGCCCCUGAUCAACAAGGCUCUGGCUCUGUUCCAGUGGAAGCACGAUUUCUCUGAGGCUGAGAGCCUUUGCCAGAAGGCCCUUAUCAUCGACCCCGAGUGCGAUAUCGCUGUUGGCACUAUGGCCCAGCUUCUCCUGCAGCAGGGCAAGGUCUCCCAGGCCCUGAAGUACUUCGAGCGUGCUGCCGAGCUCGCUCGCACCGAAGCUGAGAUUGUCAACGCCAUCUCCUACGCUGAGGCUACCCGUACCCAACUUGAGGUCCAGGAGAAGUACCCCCAACUGGCUGCUCGCCUGAAUGCCAUGGGUGGUGGCAUGGGUGGCCCCGGCGCUCCUCCCAUGUAA